AGGACGGGCGGUUGGAUGUUUGUGGACCACGUCGAGCCAUGAUGGUGCUCCGGCGGCUCUUAAGGAAACGCUGGGUGCUGGGAAUCGUCUUCGGAUUGUCGCUCAUCUACUUUCUUACCAGCACGUUGAAACAGGAGGAGCGAAUCGUAGGGGACCGCGCCCUUCUGGAAGUGAGAGACACCGAGCAUCGCAUCCCCUGGAAGGUGCGCUUCACUCUGGGAAACAGCAGCCGACAGACGGGCCGCUGCCGCAACUCCAUCCAGGGAAAAACACUGCUCACCGACGAGCUGGGUUACGUGUGUGAGCGCAAAGACCUGCUGGUGAACGGCUGCUGCAACAUCAAGGCGCCGCGCAGCCGCCAGCACGUCUGCAAAAGCUGCCUGGCCGACGGCUGCUGUAGCGUGUACGAAUACUGCGUGUCCUGCUGCCUCCGGCCGGACAAGCAAGCCCACCUGGAGCGCUUCCUGAGCCGCACCGCCCAAGGCUUCCAAAACCUCUUCACCGCCGUGGAGGACCUCUUUGAGCUUUGCCUGGCCAAGUGUCGCACUUCUUCGCAAAGCGUCCAGCACGAGAACACGUACCGGAACCCCCAAGCCAAGUUCUGCUACGGCGAAAGUCCCCCGGAGCUCCUUCCCAUCUAAACGCCAGCGCCAAGCGCAACAAGAAAGACAUGUGGUCCAUGCCGACUGGGCGAGCCAGGGGCAUUUGGGGCCUUAUUGAAGGGAAAACUCUGACCAUUGGAAUUUUGGGGGAAACGUAGUUCAACAACUUGGUGCAAAUGAAAGGAGGGGGCUUUUAGGGAGAGAACUUUAGUAGAAAUAAGUCCAUUUUCUAGCAGUCGUUUAAAGGAAAUAAAUGGGUGAGUUUGACAAAACGCUAAAAAAACUAAAAAGGUUGAGUUUUGACAAUCUUUUUUUUUUUUUUUAGAUUGAUUUUAUUUUAUUUCAGAGUUUUUGCUCACUAGGGUGAUCUCUUUGAACUUUGGCCACAUGUUUUUGUUGUUUGUCUGGUAUUUAUCAUUUGUACUUUUACAUGGUGCGAUAUUUAGUGACGAGUAGGCCUACUGUUCAAUUUAAACAAAGUUUGUAACAUAUAAGGUCAAAAAACAAUCAAGAAAAAUAUUGAAAAAAAAAGCAAAGCAUUCCUUCAUUCCCUCUCCCGUCAGACUUUACAACAUGCUUGGCACCUGAUUAAAUGAAGGUGUUUCGUCUCUAUUAGCGGCACUUGUGUUUGUCCUUGUCUGUUAUUUACCCUUUUUUCAAACUUUGGCACUUGUUUUAUUCUUGCACUCGUAUUAUUCUUGCACUCGUAUGAGCUGCUGUGACAAGUGAAUUUACCCGCUGUGGGAUGAAUAAAGUUACAAUUAAAUUUG